AUGUUCUCUCGGUUAUUCCACAAAUCUCUAUCGCAACAACGUCCUCAGGACGUGGCGCAGGCAAAUUUCGAUCCGCGAGUUGUUUUUCACUAUGGCAUUCCAUCUACCGCGUCUAUUCUUGCUUUCGAUCACAUCCAAGGCCUAUUAGCAGUGGGAGCACUCGAUGGAAGGAUAAAGGUGUUCGGUGGUGACAAUAUUGAAGGGAUUCUUAUCUCUCCCAAGCAAGCAUCCUUCAAGAAUUUAGAGUUCUUGGAAAACCAAGGCUUUCUUGCCAGCGUCUCAAGUGAUAACAAAAUACAGGUUUGGGAUUUGAAAAGCAAACAAAUUGCUUCCGUCUUGCAGUGGGAAUCCAUCAUAACUGCUUUCUCUGUUAUUUAUGGCACCAGUUACAUGUAUAUCGGAACUGAGCAUGGGAUGGUAUAUGCAUUGAUGUUCGAUUCUGAAGACAGAAAAAUUAAAAUAUUACCCUAUUAUGUUCCCACAAAUGUUAUAUCUGAAGCAGUUGGGAUGUCACUUGACCAAGUUUCAGUUGUCAGAGUUCUCCAUCAACCAUGUUCUGAUGGAAACAGGCAAGACAGGAACAUUCUUAAAACAGUGGACUAUACAUUGCUAAUUGCAUAUGAAAAUGGUUUGAUGGUACUCUGGGAUGCUUCUGGAGAUCGAAUUGUUCUCAUUAGAGACCACAAAGACAUAGAAUUGAAGAGAAAAAUUGUGGCUAGUCAUCCAAAUGACCCUAAGGUUCAGCUUUCUGAUGAUAAAUUAGACCAUGAAGAGGAGGACAAGGAGAUAAGUUCUGUAUCUUGGGCAUCUAAUGAUGGAUCAGUUGUUGUUGUCGGUUAUGUAGACGGUGAUAUAAUGUUCUGGGAUUUGUCAACUGCUGACUUCCCCCUAGACAAACAAGUUAAAAGAUUGUCAAGUGAUGUUGUCAAGCUUCAGUUAUCGUCAGCUGAUAGAAGACUCCCUAUUACUGUUCUACGUUGGCAGGCCAACAAAAGUGGGGGGAAACUUUUUGUCUAUGGUGGUCAUGAGAUUGGGUCUGAAGAAGCUCUUACAGAGAUGAUGCUUAGAUGA